CGCCUGGUCCAGUGCUCCAUAGCCCAUCAAAUCGUCUUGAUGCCAGCUGCCAGCAGAGGAGCCUUUGUUUCUACCCGCUAAGUCCAACCAUGAAACCACCUUCACCUUCACCGUUUAUCUCGAAACCCCUUAGAACGACGAUACCGCUGAUGCAAUUCUACAACUACAACAUCUCUCUCAAAUUGGGACAAAAUUCCAAAAGGGUAGCUAAAUUGGAGCCUCAUGGUGCUGAAUUCCCCGUGACCAAAACCUCUGGGCGUCAAAUCCCACUAGUGGCACUUGCGGCAACAAACUCCGAGUUGGACACUGGUGUUUUUCAGAGGUCACCAGACAAGCUGGAAGCUAUAGAGGAGGACAUCGAGAAGGUCAUUUAUCGAUGUCGGUUUAUGACUCUUCUUGCUGUUUUUGGGUCAUUAACUGGGUCAUUCCUUUGUUUCAUCAAGGGCUGCGCUUAUAUUAUAACGUCUUUCAUGGAAUAUUUUGUGGAUCGUGGCAAAGUGAUUUUGUUGCUGGUUGAGGCAAUAGAUGUCUAUCUAUUGGGAACAGUGAUGCUGGUUUUUGGAAUGGGUCUUUAUGAGCUCUUUGUUUCCAAUCUUGACAUUGCAAAGUCACAAUCAAAGGAAAAGGUCACAUCCAGAUCAAAUCUCUUUGGCUUGUUUGCUUUAAAGGAACGACCGAGAUGGUUAGAAAUAAAAUCUGUCAGUGAAAUGAAAACUAAACUUGGGCAUGUGAUAGUGAUGCUUCUUCUAAUAGGAUUUUUUGAGAAGUGCAAGAAGGCUGCUAUAUACACUCCUGUGGAUUUGCUUUGCUUCUCAGCUUCUGUCUUUCUAUCCUCAAGUUGCCUCUUUUUGCUAUCUAAGCUCAAUGACUCUUAAAGUUCGAUAAUGCUGUAAAGAUAUUAGUUAGGCAAAGCAUGACUACAAAAAUGUAAAUAUAUGUUAGAAACAACGUUUUGUUCCUGUAAUGUGGUAUCUGUCUGUAUGUAUUAAUUAUUUCUAAAGUAUCUAACAUAAUGAAAGGUGUCAUCUUAAGCUUAAUUUUGAAGAGGAUGGGAGGUUGGAGGUUAGAUUUGGUCUGGUAUUUUAGGAUGGUGAAAAGAAAACAGUUUUUGCAUUUCGUUAAGAACUGGCUGAAUCCUA